AUGUCAGGGACCGACCCACCUCCGUCUCCACCUCCAGCGCCAUACAACAUUACCCCGGCGGGCCGAGCCCGUUACACCAAGCAGGAAGGCACAAAGGAGAUCGAGAUCCUCCCUUCGUCUGCGCACUACCAAACCUCCCAGACCUCUCGUCGAUCCAACUAUCCCCCUCACACUCAUCACGACAUGUCCCCUUCUAACCUCAACCCAUCGAAAUCCAACCCCCAGUCGCGUCGAGAGGCAGGGAACUCGGAGUCGAGCAACUCUUCCAAAGAUGCAUCAUCUGUCCUGAGUAUUUCAACAUCGACAAGUCUUUCCACAAGCGCGACGAGAACCACCACCUCUGUGCCUCCAUCCUCAAGCUCCUCCCAUAUCUCUCCGGAGUCUAUUGAACUGGGCAUUGACCCAGCCACCUUGCUUCACGCUCGUACCAUCGAAAACCCGUCCCUUCAACAGCUCCGCAAUUGCAUUGAGGAAGUCAAGGAUCAGUUUGGGUCACCAACACCUCCAGCUUCCCAAUACAUCUUGGCAACUCAAAUCUCAGAAAACCUUUUCAAGGAACUUGAACAAGAACCUGACCUAUUCAAAGGGGUCCGGGCCACGAUUUUGCACAGAAAACGCCAAGUGUUCUAUAAGGUCAUGGUUGGUGUUCAGCAUGAGGUCUUGAAUGGAACUUUUACCCUCUGGCUUAAUAUGGCCCUUAUGGAAAUGCAUUUGUCUGUGUUCUCUCAGGACUAUUGGUUCCAACAAGCCGCACGGGUUGAGGGCCGUGUUGUGAGCAAAGAGCCAGAUGUUUCAUUUGUCCCUGGGAAUCGAUUUGCUAAGGGGGCAUCUGCAGUAUGGCCAUCUUUGGUCCUGGAAGUUGGGGUGUCUGAGUCAAUUCUGCAGCUGCGGGCUGAUGCCCACUGGUGGUAUUCCAACUCAGAUGGCCAAACCAAGUUGGUCAUCUUGAUCCACACAACGGACAAUGCAGGUAAAUGGCAUGCGGAUGUUGAGAUUUGGUCCGAGGUUGAAAAUACACAACCCAGGAUGGACACCCGAGGCCGGCCCGAUAAGGUCCUAAAUCGAACGCAACAUGCGUGCCUUGAAAAUGGAGUGGUGUGCGGGGCACCUCUGAAGCUCGAAUUCAAAACAUUCAUGCGUCGGCCGCCGCAAAACGAAUAUGAAAAAGACGUGGAGCUUACGUCAGAGGCAAUCAAGGAAAUCUGUGGCAAGAUGGGAUGA